AUGAUUGACACCGCCAUGAUGAGCGGCAUCCCGGUUGCCGAGGAUAACAUCAUCAACCGGCGUGGUGGUGAAUCGAUCUAUCAAAGUUGCGUCAACUUGAAAAGGCGACUCUCUGAAGUACCGACCUUUGAACCGUACCUAGAAAAGAUGGACGAAGAAGAUCGCGAACGUGGAAAUACCGACCCGGUGGCGGCACUAUGGGGAUGUCUUCGUGAUGGCUAUCCUUUACUCAGCAUCUACAAUGCGUCUGGUCCAGAUGAGCCAUUACUUGUUGACCCGGCCAAAGUGCCAGAGGCUAAGCGACCCAAAGCCGCUACAUUCAAAUUUCUGCAGGCAUGCUUACAGGACCUGGCAUUUCCCCAGCAGGAUUGCUUCUUGAUCACCGAUCUGUAUGGCGAGAGCACAACCGGUUUCAUCAAAGUGAUCAAGAUGGUAAAUCGUGUUGUUGAUAUUCUCGAAAUGCAAGGACAACUCAAGCGACCAUCCGUGGCUGAUGUGCCAGCACAUGUGCAGGGCGCUGUAAAGCUUACCAAGCGCGAGCACAUUUUGAAGGAGCUCUUGGAAACAGAGCGCGAUUAUGUUCACCAUUUGCAAAACCUUCAAGCACUUAAGAAGGAAUUGGAGGAGACGGGCGCCCUGACGGGUGACGCAAGCCACCAGAUCUUCUUGAACCUCAACAACCUCUUGGAUUUCGCUCAACGAUUCUUAAUCCGAAUGGAACAGCAUUAUGCUCUCCCUGAGGAAAUGCAAAACUGGGGUGUUCUUUUCUCAUCUCAUCAAGAAGCCUUUCGACAGUAUGAACCUUUCAUCGCCAAUCAAAUGCGUUGCGACGAGGUUUGCAUGAAGGAGUGGGAUAAGAUCAAGGAUGCGCCUCGUCAAUCUGAUCUCCAACAGAUGGUUGCUCAGGCCAAAACGCUGAAUGGAUUCUUUGUCAAGCCUUUCCAACGGUUGACCAGAUACCCGCUCAUGUUAUCGGAACUGCGCAAACAAUUAGAAGACGAGCAACUCCAGGCUGAUAUCACAGCUGCAAUUGAUUCCAUCCAAAACACUCUUGACGCUGCAAAUGAAGCCAUUAACAAGGAGCACCUGGCUGCGGCAGUAGUCGACCUAGCCGAACGAGUCGAUGAUUGGAAAACCUUGAAAAUGGAGUCCUUUGGCGAACUGCUUCGCUUCGGUACAUUUUCGGUCGUCAAGGGAGAUAGUGGCAAGGACGCCGAGAGAGAUUAUCACAUUUUCCUCUUCGAGCGCAUUCUUCUCUGCUGCAAAGAUAUCAACCCGAAUAAACAGAAAACCAAGCUUAUGAUGAACAAAGACAAGCCAGCCCUUACAGCAAAAGGAAAAGCCCGUCUCCAGUUGAAGGGUCGAAUUUACAUGGCAAACGUCACCGAUAUUGUGUGGCUUCAGAAGCCUGGUCUUUAUCGUAUCCAGAUCUUCUGGAAGGGUGAUCCAGGCGUUGUGGACAACUUCAUUAUUCGUUAUCAAAAUGAAGAUACCAUGCGCACUUGGUACAAGGACAUCGAUACUCAACGAACAGUGCAAUCGGAGCGACGUAAUAUGCGAAACACUGGAACUUCUGACAGCGAGUUCACUUACCUGGAGGGAAUGACAAACAUUCCUAAUCCAUACCAGCAAGAGUAUGAAGUUGAUGAUGUGAACAAGGAUGGGGCAUACUAUUCAGAAUUCCCCAUGAGUCGAAAUGCAUCCAGCACCAGUCUACGAACUCGAUCUGCAACUGGUGGUAGCACUGGUUCUGUACCCCAUGCAAAUGGCCGGCCCCGAUACACGGGCUCGGGCACUGAUCCAACCCUCUCUGUUCAUACACAGUUCUCAGGUGCUGGCAACAUGUCACCCAGCGACCGCAACAUGAGCUCAUAUUUUUCACCUACAGAGACCCCGUCCACGCGUUCUAGUUCCCAAUCGACCGGGUUCUCGUUUGGCCGCCAAAAUACCAACUCGACGACUGCAUCUUCUGUCUGGAACGAAGAAAAUAAUCGUUACACCGCGCCAGCGUUAUCCCGAGCGACCUCCAGAGAUGGGUCCACUCCAACCGCCUACUUCCCCCCUCCGCAGCCCAACGGCCGUGGUAACCAGCGUCCCUCCCUGCCGCCGCUCUCCGGACCGCAAUCGAAUGGAACCGCCCAGCGUAUGCGUUCUGCCAGUAGUCCUGACAUUCAUCACCACAACAAUUUACCGCCCGAGUCACGUCGAUACAUGGGUGCGCAUACAAUGCAAACGGUUGAUAACGUCCCAGUCCCACCAAUCCCGGCUCAUAUGGCCAAUAUGAAGGCUCCUGUCAACCGAAGCCAGAACAAUUCCCCUACAAACGGGCAGCUUCCCAUUCGUACAAACCCGCACCCUGGCCAUCCUACGCAUUUCACCGAGCCGGAAUAUAAUGAUGCUGGAAUGGUGGGUCAGUUCUCAGAACAGGCUACAUCUCCAUUAAGUCAAGAGCCCGAUGGCGAUCCGUUUAUGCCGACUCAGCUGAAGGCGAAGGUCAAUUUUGAUGACAACUAUGUUACGCUGGUUAUUGCGACCAACAUCUUGUUCCGCUCGCUGAUUGAUCGGGUGGAUGCUAAGUUGGCCCGGUUUACGAGUCGAUCCAUUGGCAGCAAGACCGUCCGUCUUCGUUACCGAGAUGAGGAUGGUGACUUCGUCACUAUCGAUAGUGAUGAAGCUGUUCAGCUUGCUUUUAUGGAAUGGCGUGAGCAGAACCGUGAGAUGCUGGCCAAAGGCAUGGUUGGUGAAAUUGAGCUCUAUUGCCAAGUGGUUGAAUAA